AUGUCAGCGGAGAUUGCAAAGUCGAAAACGUCUCUCAACGCCGUCGACAAGGAUCCAGACGCGACAGCAGCUGCAACUCCCGCAAUGUCAACGACAAACGAUGUUCGCGAAGCAGACACGGUCAAGGAAAAAGACCCAAGUGCACUCGAAAACGUCGAAGGAUCCACAAAUCCGUCCAAUGCCAUCAACGAGGCAGACAUCCUCACAGGCAAGCGCCUCUGGCUUGUCUGGUCAGCAUUCUUGCUCUCUGUCCUCCUCGUGGCUUUGGACAAUACGAUCGUCUCUACGGCCCUUCCAAAGCUUGCAUCAUACUUUAAUGCAUUGGAUCAGUUGACAUGGAUCGUCUCCGCCUAUCUGCUCACCCAGGCUGGUUUCAUUCUCAUCUUUGGACAAAUAUUGACCAUUGUCCCGACCAAAUGGAUCUACUUGUUCGUUAUUGCCCUCUUUGAGAUCGGCUCCCUCAUUUGCGGAGUUGCCCCUUCGAUGAACGUUCUGAUCUUUGGACGUGCCGUUGCCGGUGUCGGAGCGAGCGGCAUUUUCACCUCCAUCCUCACCGUUGUCUCGUACGCGACCAGGCUGGAACAGAGACCGCUUCUCUUCGGUACAUUCGGAGCAGUGUUUACGUUUGCAUCCGUUAUUGGUCCGUUGCUUGGAGGCGUCUUUACAGACAAAGUCAGCUGGAGGUGGUGUUUCUACAUCAAUCUCCCUCUUGGUGCACUCUCUAUUGCCGCAGUGGCCUUCCUUCUCCCAGUUCGGGCCGCCACACCCAACAAACUCUACGAUGGGUUAACAACGGCGCAAAAAUUCCGCAAGCUCGACUUCGUCGGCGGUUUCCUGUCGCUUGCCAUGAUCACUCUAUUCUUGAUCCCACUUCAAUGGGGGGGUAAUACACGCGAAUGGAACGAUCCAGUCGUCAUUGGCCUUCUCGCUGGAUUUGGCGCACUUUUGAUCCUAUUCCUUCUCUGGGAGUGGCACAUGGGUGACUACGCUAUCACUCCGUUCAAAAUGUUCAACAAUCGCACUCAAUCCGGCGCGUCUAUCGAGCUCUUCUUCAUCUUCUUCGCAUUCCUACUCGCGGUCAUCUAUCUUCCAUUCCUCUACCAAGCCAAGGGCCGCACAGCAGUCCAGUCUGGCAUCGACAUCAUCCCUCUCCAAAUCGCGACCGUCAUGGGAACGGCUGUUAGCAGUGGUAUCAUUCGUGCGACUGGCAAAUACAAGCCAUGGCUCAUUGCUGGUCCUUGGUUCGGUGCCAUUGCGGGUGGAUUGCUCUUCACAGUCGACGUUCACACCUCGAACGCCAAGCUCAUCGGCUACCAAAUCAUCUUUGGUUUCGGUGUAGGCUCUGCAUUCCAAAACACCUUAAUUGCCAUUCAAGCCGAAUUCAACGACCAACCGGAACUGAUCCCACAGGCCAGUGCCGUAGCUAGUUUUGCCCAGCUCGUCGGUGGUACACUCGGAAUCGCCAUUGCGGGUACCAUAUUCUCGAAUCAACUCGUACGCAACCUCUCGGGUCCCAUCGGUGACGCACUCGGUCCCCAACUCGUUCGAGCCGUGCGUCAAAGCGUCACCGUCGUCUUUGCUCUCCCAGCAGAAUUACGUCAACCGGUCGUUGACGCAUAUGUCGAUGCAGUUGCGACAAUGUUUAUCGUCAUUGUCCCUGCGUUGGGUGUCGCAGGUAUCGCAGCGUUUGCGAUCCGGGAUUGGAAUCUCAAGGAGCGUGGAGGCGCUGCGGGAGGUGCCGCUGCGUGA